CCGACCAGAUCCAGACCAUUGGCAGUUUUCCUCUCGGUGCCGAUAGUGUAGCGGAGCGCUCAAUCACCGCAGCUCAGCUGGUUUUGGGUGACAGUGCUGUGUUUGUUGUGUUUCUAUUAAUAAUUACACCCUGGUCUGGUAGCUGAUCGGCCGUAAAGGAGAGCAGUGAACAGCUUCAACAUAUCAAACGCGAUCAAUCAACCUCUUCGCCAUGUGUGAGGCCGGCUCCGACUGCAGCAAGAAGUAUCAGGAGUGGGAGUCGAACGAGGAGAUUCAGCUGUUUCGCGAAUAUCUGCGCAUUCCAACGGUGCAUCCGAAUGUGAACUACGAUGAGUGCGUUGAAUUUCUGAAGCGCCAGGCGGCGUCGCUCGACCUGCCGGUGCGCGUGAUCGAGGUGAACCCGCGCAAACCGAUCGUGAUCAUCACGUGGGAGGGUACGGCACCGGAGCAGAAGUCGAUCAUACUGAACUCGCACAUGGACGUGGUGCCGGUGUACCCGGAGCGCUGGACCCACCCACCGUUCGGGGCGGAGAUGGAUCACGAGGGGCGCAUCUAUGCCCGGGGCGCCCAGGACAUGAAGUGCGUCGGCAUGCAGUUCCUGGCCGCGAUCCGGGCGAUGCGCCGGGACGGCGUGCGGCUGAAGCGCACCAUCCACGCCACGUUCGUGCCGGACGAGGAGAUCGGCGGCAAGCUCGGCAUGAUGGAGUGGGUGCACAAGGAAUCGUUCCGGGAGCUGAACGCGGGCUUCUCGAUCGACGAGGGCAUCGCCGGGGAGGGCGAAACCUACCCGCUGUUCUACGGCGAGCGCAGCGUGUGGCAUGUGUAUUUCAACAUAUCCGGCACGCCGGGCCACGGGUCGCUGCUGCUCAAGGGUACGGCGGGCCAGAAGGCGCACUACAUCAUCGACAAGCUGAUGCGGUUCCGCGAGAACGAGGUGAAGCGGUUGGAAAACAAUCCGGACUUUACGAUCGGCGAUGUGACCACGGUCAACAUCACGCUCAUGAAGGGCGGUGUGCAGGAAAAUGUGGUCCCGCCGGAGCUGUCGGUUUGCUUCGACAUUCGGCUGGCGGUCGACGUCAACCAUCUGGAGUUUGAGAACCAGCUGCUGGACUGGUGCCGGGAGGCGGGCGGCGGCAUCGAGCUCGAGUACGACCAGAAGUGCCCGUACGUGAAGCCGACCAAGCUGGACGGCUCCAACAUCUACUGGGUCGCGUUCAAGGACGCGCUGGACGAGCUCGGGCUGCAGGUGAAGCCGCAGAUCUUCCCCGGCGGCACCGACAGCCGGUACAUCCGCGGCAUCGGCAUCCCCGCGAUCGGCUUCUCGCCGAUGAACCACACGCCCGUGCUGCUGCACGAUCACGAUGAGUUUCUCAGAGCGGACACGUACCUCGAGGGCAUCCGCAUCUAUCGCAAGAUCAUCGCGAACGUAGCGAACGCGUAGCGCGUUCCACUUCCUGUCCGUUUGUUUUUGCCGUUUGCCUUCACCCACAGCAUUUACAGUAACGAAUAAACGAAUCUUCGAACGGGAGGGGAGCAGCGAA